AUGAAAAUCCAUGAAGUGGGGAAAAGCCACAGAUGUUUCUUUUGUGGAAAAUCAUACGCACAGAAAUAUUCUUUAAAUAUACAUAUUAUGAGUCAUACGGAUGAGAAACCAUUCACUUGCUCUCGUGAACAAGGACACUUCUGCUUAAAUAGCCCGUGGAUGCUGGGAACUGAGGAUGCAAAAAGAAUAUUGCAAGAUAUAGUAGAUGAACUGGACAUUGAUGAAAAUGAGUGUAUCUCUUUGAAUACCGGGCAAUUACCUGAUUUAUCAUCGGUCUGCACAGAAAUAUUCAAUAGAAAUCAAAAACCUUACACAGAUUCCAGUGCAUCGAAACAAGUGACUUCCGGGACUGGUCUACAAAUCGGUUCAAGUGCGGUCGUAUUUUCGGGAAAAUCUGAGGCUUACGACACACGCACCGUAAGUGACGUCCACGCAGUUCCUGGUCCUUCCCGAUUGCCCUUCAAUGAAAGGAAAGGAAGUGUGUGUCAGGAGAAAUUUCAACCCAAGCCAUUUAAAUCAGAGACUGCUGAUGUAAAAGUGUUCACUUCCAAUGUUUGUAAAAACGUAUUCAAACUAAAAAAUAGUUUUAGAAGGCAUAUGCAAAUCCAUGAGGGAGAAAAAAAACACAGAUGUGAGUUUUGUGGAAAAUCAUUUUCGAGAAAGUAUAAUUUACAGACUCAUGUGCGGACGCAUACGGGUGAGAAACCGUUCACUUGCAGUGUUUGCGGGAAAAAAUUCACACAAAAAUGUAAUUUAAAGACGCAUAUGAAAAUUCACAAAGGACAAAAUUUUUCAUGUGAAGAAUGUGGAGAAUCAUUUGAUCUCAUGUACUCUUUAAAGAAGCAUGCUCGCAAACACACAGACGAAAAACUAUAUGAAUGCGACACCUGUGGAAAACAAUAUUUGUAUCAAAGAAACUUACGAAAACAUGAGAAGAUUCAUGAGCAGAACAAUCUAUGA